GCUCCCAGCAUGCCAUGCGUGCGCGCUGACAGCCUUAUAAAUAGUCGCCUUUGCAGGCGGCUGAGAGGACAGGCAGGGCACGCACUGGCCCCAGCGCCCACCACACCCUCCCCCAGAGUGCUGACCUAGCUCCCAGACCUCAGCAGGAUGGAAGACAAGCUGAAGAAGGCCAAGAUCAUCUUCGUGGUGGGCGGGCCUGGCUCAGGAAAAGGCACCCAGUGUGAAAAGAUUGUGCAGAAAUAUGGCUACACCCACCUCUCUACUGGGGACCUGCUUCGGGCAGAAGUCAGCUCUGGAUCGGAGAGGGGCAAGAUGCUGUCAUCUAUCAUGGAGAAGGGAGAGCUGGUGCCACUGGAGACGGUGCUGGACAUGCUUCGGGAUGCUAUGUUAGCCAAAGUGGACUCUUCCAACGGCUUCUUGAUUGACGGCUACCCGAGGGAGGUGAAACAGGGAGAAGAGUUUGAACGGAAGAUCACACAGCCCACACUGCUACUGUAUGUGGACGCAGGCCCCGAGACCAUGACCCAACGACUCCUAAAGCGAGGGGAGACCAGUGGCCGAGUGGACGACAACGAGGAGACCAUCAAGAAGAGGCUGGAGACGUAUUACAAAGCCACAGAACCUGUCAUCUCCUUCUAUGACAAACGCGGCAUUGUGCGCAAGGUCAAUGCUGAAGGCUCAGUGGACACUGUCUUCUCCCAGGUCUGCACCUAUCUUGACUCCCUGAAGUAACUGGAGCCCUCGGCCAGUUCCCAGCCCACCCCGCCCUUGCCCCCUGACCCCAGGCAGCCUGGCUUGAGCCCAGCACCUCCACCCUGCCGGGCUGUGCGCAGACACAGGAAGCUGUUAUCCUGUCCCAUGGACAUUUGAGCACUAAAGAAAUUGCCAAGGACGCUUAGGGUUGCUCCCUCUUCUUGCUUCCAACCGAGGUGAUUCAUGCUGCCACAGCCGGAGGCUCCAGCGCUGCCGGCCCAUUCUUUCCUGUGCCUCAGCCCAGCUGUCUUGUCUCCCUCUGGCUCUGCUGGGAUCCUAGGCCCUUCCUUAGCCAGGCCAUGUCAAGCCUAGGGGCCCCUGGGUUGAUAGGCUGCUCCUUGGGGUCUGGUGUUCCCCCUCUAUUUCUCAUGGCCUUGUCGUACGGCUUUGGCCCUAAGCCAUCAUCUCUCUGAAGUGAGCUCCUUUCCUUUUUUCCUUUUUUCUUUUCUUUUUUUUUUUCUUUUGACAGCAUUUCGUGUGACUUAAGCUGGCCUCAAACCUGUUCUGUAACUGAGGACAACCUUGAUCCUCCUGCCUCCUCUUGUCUUCCUGUGUGCUGAGAUUACAGGUGUGUGUACCUCCACCACUCCUGGUUUUUGGGGUGCUGGAGAUCAAGCCCAUGGCCCUGUGUACACUAAGCCAGCACCCUACAAAUUGAGCUACAUCCCCAGGCUGAACAGGUUUUCUAUGCCUGACUGGGGCCUGGGCUGCAAGGGGCAAAGGGUCAUGGGCUCACCAGCUGGGGCCACAUGGCCAAUGGGUGGCAAGGAGCUGUGCUAUGGGCAUGCCGCUGGGUGGGCAGCUUCGGUCAGGGAUGGUCUUCCUGAGGAAGGACUCGAAGGUUCCCCUGGCAUGGCCCUUGCCACCCUUUGGCUGGUUCUAAGACUUGUUCUGUCAUGCUGUGUCCCAACCCUCAUCCUCGGCAUUAGGACAAGAACAUACAGAUUAAGGAGUGCGAGUUGCCAUGGACGUGGAUGUGGGAUCAAGGACGAUUCUGGGACCCAGAGGAUUCCCAGAAGAGCUGGCAGCUCUCUCCAGUUCUUUACUCUUUGAUCUCAUUACACAGGAAGGCUCUGUUGAUACUCACCUGUCCUUGGACCCUGUCCCCAUCCCUAGUGACUUCCCCUGUGAGCCCAGAGAGCCUGUAAGCCAGCAGCCAUGGCUGUCCGGGGGACACCUGCCCCUGGGGGUGAUGGUGCUCACUCCUUUCUGUUUACUGCCACUGGGGCCACCUUUCCUUUGCAUUGCCUAUUUAAGCUGUCCUUUAAAAUAAACAAAUGUAUUUCAGUUAUAA